AUGCACGUCAGGAAAGGAGCUGGAAAAAUCGAAGCCCACCGCCUCCUUGCAUCUGUUCAAGGAAUGUUACAUCAGUGUCCAGCGCAUGGAGGAGGUGCUGGAAUUUCCCGAUGUUCGGAAUCCACGCAUGGGAAGAGCAAAGACUAUGCUUUCGAGAUGGCAUGCUCCAAUAUUCGAUUCGGCCCCGGUGCAAGCAAGGAAGUCGGCCAAGACCUCAUGAACAUGGGUGCCAAAAACGUGUGCGUCAUGGUCGAUCCGAAUUUGAUCCCCAAGGCCCCUUUCCAAGCUGUGGCUGAUUCCUUGACGAGGAACAGAGUCAAUUUUAAAGUCUUUGACCAGGUCAGAGUGGAGCCAUCUGACGAGAGCAUGAACGUGGCAGGCGAAUUUUGUCGUCAAGGGAAUUUCGACGCUUACGUGGCUGUGGGUGGUGGGUCGACGAUUGACACGUGCAAAGUCGGGAACCUCUUGGCAUGUGAUCCUUCAGCUGACCUCUUGAAAUACACGAACGCACCAAUCGGGAGGGGCGAGCCCAUCAACUUCCCUCUGAAACCCUUGAUAGCCGUCCCAACGACGGCUGGAACCGGAAGUGAAACCACAGGAGUCGCUGUUUAUGACUACGUUCCCUUGAAGGCCAAAGUCGGCAUUGCAAGUCGAGCUUUGAAACCAUUGCUGGGAAUCGUGGAUCCCACUCACAUGAAGACGAUGCCAAAUCGCGUAGCUACGUUCUCGGGUUUUGAUGUUCUCUGCCAUGCCCUUGAGUCCUUCACAGCCAUUCCAUACAACCAAAGGAGUCCUUGCCCAGAGAACCCGAUCUUAAGACCGGCAUAUCAAGGGAGCAACCCCGUAUCGGAUGUAUGGUCCCAACAUGCUCUGAAGAUCAUCCAAAAAUAUUUCGUCCGAUCUGUGGAAAAUCCUGACGAUGUGGAAGCGAGAAGUCAAAUGCAUUUGGCUUCCUCCUAUGCUGGGAUCGGAUUUGGAAACGCAGGAGUCCACCUUUGUCACGGCAUGUCAUAUCCAAUAUCCGGGCAGGUGAAGGAAUAUCGGGCUCGUGAUUACAGUGCAGAUCAUCCCCUAAUUCCACAUGGACUGUCGGUCGUGAUCACGGCACCAGCUGUGUUUAAAUUCACAGCUCCUGCCUGCCCUAAUCGACAUCUUCGAGCAGCUGAACUCCUGGGCUCAGAGAAGGCCAUACGUGCGAAGGAAUCAACUGCCGGAGAUAUUCUCAGUGAAGUCAUCCUUCAUUACAUGCAGCGAUUGGGGAUCGAGAAUGGCCUUUCCGAGCUAGGUUUUACCAACGAAGACAUCCCAGAUCUGGUGAGGGGGACUUUGCCUCAGCAUCGAGUCACCAAACUCUCUCCCAAGCCUGCUGAGGAUCAUCUCUCACAGCUCCUCUCCGAUUCCCUUAAGGUGUAUUAA